AUGGGGCCCACGAUUAUACAGACUUCAAAAGUUCUUCUUCUUGAUCUUGGUGAAGAUGCCACGAAACCGAUCUACAAAGACGGCAAACUGGUUGAAGUAUGCGCACCUUUCGCAUUCAGGCUCGUCCACAGCGCUGAAGAGAAAAGGGAUCCUGUGACGAAAGAACUCACUAUCUUUACUGAGCCUGAUGAUUACGUAUGGUUUUAUGAACAAUUAUAUGAAGAUACGGAUCGGAAGAGGCCGCAUGAUACUAUAAUUAAACGUUCCAAGAACAUUCGCUACUGCCCCGAUUUGGCACAUCGCCCCACCAGUAUGAGAUUCAAAGAAAGUGAGAGUGAAAAAACUCUAGGGGUUCUGUACAGUGCCGACUACAGGGUAUCGGCGAAAUCAAAACUUUUUGAAAUUUGCACAAAUAUUUGCCUUGAAAGAAAGAAUUACAAAGGCUAUAACGAUUGGAUAGAAAUGUUUGCAGAACAAGGGCUCAGCGAAAAUAUAUUCAGGCUUGCUCACCAUACUAGAGACUUGAAAGUGGACUAUAAGCUUCCAUCUUCGACUGACAGGAUAGUAGACCCUGCGAAAGGAUGGCUAUAUGAUUCUAAGAGAGGGGAUCAUAUUCUGUGCUGCCCGGCAAGUGGUAAACCUGUGCUCAACAGGGAAGACGAAUUCAUUUGGGCACAUGAUCUCAAUAAGAGAAAGCCAAAGCCAGCCAGAACGGUUUCCGCACCUGCAAAUGGGUCUAUGAGUACACCAAAAGUGCUGCAGAAAAAUCAGGAGAGUAAAGAUUCCGAUACUAGACAGACUGAAAGAAAGCGUCGUGAGAUCAACCCCCCCAGCCAAGGUAGUUCUAGGGACAAGCUACCUAUUCAGCGUACUUCUGGGGAAAGAACUUCCAGCCAGGGAGAUUCCAAGGCGAGACCUCUCAGACAGGGCGGUUCCAGGGACAAACUUCCUAGCCAAAGUAGCUCCAUAACUAUGCCUGCCAAGCGGAGUGAUUCUGGCGACAAAACUUCACAUAAGAGUGAUUCCAAGGUCAUACCUCCCAAGCGGAGUUGA